AAAGAAAAAAAAUUGGUGAUUGAUUGAUCGGUUGAUCGGUUAGUUCGGUUAAUCAGUGCUACGUGUGUCCGUGGCUAGUAGUGCUAGCUCGGCUCGGACGCUUUAGGUAGCGGUAAUGCCUCGCAGUAGCGAACGUGUCGCUAGGUCAUACGGUGUCGCAGGCAGGGUAAGAGACCGGGCUGCCGUGGAUAAUACUGGCACGGGUGUAAUCGCAGGCAUCGCGAACAGCAGGAUACGUUGACGAGUGCAGCCGACCCCGGUGGCACGUUGUUGGCCACCGUUGUCGUCGCUGCUCCCGCAGGCCAUGUAUCGAGGCGAGCCGGCGAUCGACCGUGCCGGUGGCGGUGGCGGCAACCGCAGUGCCGGCGACCCGCGCUUGCCGGGAUCACCGCGUCGACGUCGCGUAUCGGUGCUCGCUGCUGAUCUGCCCGAGGACGCCGACGGCGAAGAGGAGCCUUACGAGGAGGAAGAGGAAAAGGCCUAUCACAUCGUCCUCGAUGUGCAACUCCGCCGAUCGGAAUACGAAGACAUCACGGCGAGGGUGUGCUGCAAUGACGAAUUUUGUUGCUGUCGCGCCAUUCGGAAUAGGUUAGGCGGAAGACGGCGCGGCUCGGGAAAUGCACUCAGGAUAUUUUUCGUCGCUGCCGCUGCUGCCUUCCUCGCACUUGCCGUCUCACCAGUAUCUGGAACGAUGAAUAAAAAAGAGGAAGAGAUGGCAGUAUCUUCAGACACAGAAGAAACUACUGUCUCGGGCACGAGAACGGGCAGGAUAGGAAGCGAUCCAGGAGGAGGUAUAGAUCUAUUAGCAGCUCUGCAGCUUCACAAUACUACUCAGCAAGGUGUUACGCAAGUGCCGGGUCUAGUUAGACUGAAAUCAGCUUAUUAUCUUCAAGGCGAGGAGAGAGAGCUCCGAUUGAAUGAGAAGAGCUUCGAACGGGCAGCCGCAUUACUCCGGCGGGUUCCGGAAUUCACUAUAGCUGCCGCACUGCGUCAAGAGGAAUCCAAUUCCGGAACGAUUGUCGCCUUUUCGCACGGGAACAAUAGGUACUUGGAGCUGCAGAGCAGCGGACGCAAGGAUGAGCUUCGACUUCACUAUAUGUCACGUCGCGACGGACUCGUGCACGUCGAGGCAUUUCCUUUCCGACUGGCCGAUGGCGCCUGGCACAGAGUUGCUCUGAGUAUAAGUGGCUCGCAGGUCGAGUUGCUGGUCGACUGUCAUCCCUUGUACAGGCGAUUACUAAGACCUGGUCCACCUGACACCAACUUCACUAUGCCGCAGCUCCAGCUCUGGGUAGGACAGAGGAACAUCAGGCAUUUUCUUUUUAAGGGUGCUUUGCAAGACGUCAAUCUAAUAGCGGGACCUCAUGGUUAUCUUUCCCAAUGUCCUCAGCUUGAUUCAUCUUGUCCUACAUGUGGUCAAUUUUCAAUAUUACAAAAUACUGUGGAACAAUUAAUGCACAAUCUCAACGAAUUGACUCGUAGGUUAGCCGCUGCAGAGGGCAGGAUAAGUAAAGUAGAGGAAUGCGAGUGCCAAAAAUCUUGUAGGGUGAAUGGUACCGUCCAUGAGGAUGGUGCAACCUGGGUGAAGGGUUGUCAACAUUGUUCUUGUGUCCAUGGCGAAAUUGAAUGCAGGCCGACGCCCUGCGCUCCAGUCACAUGCAAGAAUCCUAUCAUUCCUGAGGGACAAUGUUGUCCGAUUUGUCUCAGACAAUGCUUCUUACACGGCGUAAUUUAUGAUCACGGCGAAAAAGUUUCGCCAAAAUCAUGCGUCGAAUGCAACUGUUACGACGGUAGCUUUACCUGCACGAGAAUCGAUACUGGCACUAAGUGCCCACCACUGCCGUGUCCACCCAGCGAACAACUUAGCGUGGCGGAAGAAUGCUGCAAAUUUUGCCCAGAUGUAGAUGAAUGUAAGCAACAAGGUGGAUCAAACGGUCACUACUGCAACUCAAAUACAAAAUGCGUCAACGUGAUUGGCUCUUAUACGUGCGAGUGUCUUCCGGGUUAUUAUAGAAUGGACAAAUUCAACUGCGCUGAGUUAGACGAAUGUGCGACUGGUCAACACUUGUGUGAUGAGCAUGCUACAUGUGUGAACACUAACGGUAGCUACUACUGCAUCUGCAAAGACGGCUAUACCGGCAAUGGUUUCACGUGCAAACCUAUAUGCAAUCAGACUUGCCAGAAUGGCGGCGAAUGCGUGGCACCCGGAAGAUGUUCUUGUCGCCGCGGUUAUAUCGGCAACAGUUGUGAACUCGAUCUGGAUGAGUGCGCCAGCGAUCUGCACCGAUGCCAUAAAUCAUCCACGUGUUUUAACAUGCCCGGCUGGUAUUAUUGUCGGUGUAAGCCUGGUUAUAGAAGCACUUUACAUGACAGUAUCCAAGGCACGCAAUGUGUUGACAUUGACGAAUGCAAUGAUCUGACGAUUGAAAGGGGGCAUACGUGUCAUCCUACCGCGAAAUGUGUCAAUACUGAAGGCAGCUAUGAAUGCGUAUGUCCGCCGGCAAAGGAUAUGGAAGAAUCCGGAAAGGAAUGCAAACUCAAUUGCUGGUUUGAAGGCCAUGAAAUUAAUAAUGGUGAUACUUUGGCGCCAUCCGGAAAUUCUUGCAGAAGAUGCACAUGUCAAAAUGGCGUGAUUAUUUGCAAAGAUCCCAUAUGCGACUGCAGCGCUCCGGAAAGUCAUAGAGAUAAAUGUUGCCCUCAAUGUAAUCCCGCCGCAUCCUGCAGGCAUCAAGAGCUCCAUCAUCUAGUCUUUAGAAGCGGAGAACGUUGGAUAUAUCAAUGUCAAACUUGCGAGUGUUUGUAUGGCGAAAUAGACUGCUGGCAGAUGGAGUGUCCACCGGUAACUUGCUCGAAUCCUGUGACUGAAGAGGGUGAUUGUUGCCCGCGUUGCGAAGAUGAUCCCUGCGCUCGUGAAAUGCCGACAAAUGGCACAUCGUAUACGGUUCCUAAUCAUCCUCGACCGUGCAGUUAUGCCGAUAUCGUUCACGAUAGUGGUAGCUCCUGGCAGGAUCCUCAUGAUAAAUGCACCACAUGCGAGUGCAAGGUGCCGUACUGCGCCCAAUUGGAUGGGCAACUUUGCUGCAGCUACGAUUAUGACUGUGCUGGCGAUCUGGGUGACAACAAGCAGCAACAUUCUCCAGUCGUUAUUCCUGAGUCUUUCGUACGUCAUUCAUCGGUUCCUCCGAUCCAAUCAUUGGUCAACGGUGCACCGGAAACAACUUUAUCAGCGAGCACCGGCACCACACGCACCACACGCACCAUCACCACCACCGUUGCAAGCACAACUUCUCCCGUCUCGUCGCCUUCGCACUAUUCAUCAUCCACCAGCAUCAGAAAUGAUAACACUUACAAUCUCAAGCAAGGUUAUGCAACAGCCUCGCACGUCUCUAUAUCGCGAGCUCAGCAAAGAAACAUGGCUUAUCAUGCCAUCAGUUUGCAAUAUCAGCAACAAACGUCGUCGAUCACGAGCCACCAAGAGUUCGUUGGAGGCUCGACGACGUCGUCGACGACAUCGGAAUGGUUUGCGACGUCAUCAGCGACGACAAGAACGCCAUCAAUUCGCAGAUCGACGCGAUCAUCGAGACGCGGUCAAUCGUCGAACAUCAUCAAUCAUCGGUCGUCGUCGUCGUCGUCGUCGUCGUCGUCGUCGUCAUCGUCGUCACCAACUCUCUCAAUGGUUUUGGCAACCUCAACGAUCGAGGAACCUAGUCUAUUGCCUGCAAACGUUACCACGCAUAUCCGCCAACUGGUCGGACGUCAUCAUAAGGACAGCAGAAAGUCUCGUGUCCUUAAUAGCGCUACUUGAGGACCGUGGAUCUA